CAUAGAAGAUGGAAGAGACUCUCAUUCCUGGAUUGCCUUACGACGUGAGCUUGCAAAUUCUGGCGAGAGUGCCAAGGCAAUUUUACUCUCAGUCUAUGUCCAAAGUUUCUCUCUCAUGGAGGGAAGCUGUUACAAGUCGUGCUCUUUUCGCCCAGAGAAAAUGUCUGCAGGUAACGGAAUCGUGGGUUUACACAGCUGUGGUGUGCGAGCGUGGGAAUCGACCCUACAUCCUCUGGUUCGCCAGGAAUGCAGCUGUAGAGGAUUCACAGUGGUGGCCGUUGCCGUUAAUGAGGGAAGAACACAGACCAAUCUGUGGGUUCAGCUGCGCAGUAAUUGACGAGCUAUUGUUUGUAAUUGGCGGCUGUGAAUGGCGGACCAAUUGUACCAAUUUUCCGGCGACGAACAAAGUGAGCGUCUUCAACGCCCGUACAAAUCGGUGGAGUUGCGUGGAGGGCAUGAAAGAUGCCCGGGCAAAUUUUGCGUGCGGAGUAGUUAAUGGUAAAUUAUUUGUUGCAGGAGGAAACAAGUCUGUUGAUGUAGGUACCGAGAAUUCUGAUGGGAUGGAGGAAUUCACGGACUGCAAUUGUCUAAAGUCGGCGGAAAUUUACGAUCCAUCGACGAAGAAGUGGGCGGGUGUGGGGAAUCUGAUUCAUGCCAUGCAUUUCAUUAGCGGGCGUGUGGAGGACGGCAAAUUGCUGGUUUGUGGUAUCGUCUGUGAAGGGGAUUUGCAAUUCCGUGAAGUAGCAGAGGUGUGGGAAGAAACAGAGAUGAGGUGGGUACAACUUCAUCGGGAAAGUCUAACUGAUAUAUCCAUGUUUGAGAUGGAUGAUGAUCAUCCUCCUCCAUCGCGAGGAAUGGAAAUUCAAUAUGAGUCUGGUGUCAUCACAUCCUUGUCUGAUAGCUGCCAACCAGAGUUUUAUGGAAACAAUGGAUUGAUUGAAAUGGAAAAUGAGGAAGAGGUAAAUUAUUUUGGAGACGGGUUAUGUGAAUGUGAAGGGUAUCGCCAAGCCUGCCUUGUAAUAACGCUGUGAGAUUUUAACAACUCCAUU